AUGUUCCGAUCAACUAUUCUUUUCGCGCUUAUUGCAUUCGUAAGUUUCAUUCUCUUAUUGAUCUUGUUUUGAAAAAUAUAUGAAUUGUUCAGGUACUUUCUGCUCCAGCCAUAGAUCGCCAGAAACGUCAAUCAUGCGCCUGUGCUCCAGUCCAACAAACCUCAUGUUGUCAGCGACAAUACAACAUUAAUGUUCAGCUUACAGUUCAGGUGAGUAAUUUUUUUUUAAUUUUCUAUUGAUUUCUAUAUUCAGAGCUGUUAUAUUUUCGAAAAAAAUUCAGAAAAAAAAUGUUUGAUAUUUUACUAGAAAAUAUUCUGAUCAAUCUUUUAAUAUUGGAACUAUUCAGAUUUUUGAAUUUACAUAAAAUUCGAUUUCAAAUGACUGAAUUUUACAUAGUGGACUUAUAAGAUAAAAUCAUGAUACAAUUUUUAAAACGAAAAUUUUCAGCAACAGCAACAACAACCAGCUCAAGAUUGUGGAUGUCAGCAACAAACCCAAGUUCAACAAGACUGUGGAUGUCAGCAACAAACCCAAGUUCAACAAGACUGUGGAUGUCAGCAACAAACUCAGGUUCAACAAGAUUGUGGAUGUCAGCAGCAACAACAAUCAGCUUGCGAUUGUCAGCAAGCUCAAGCUACUCCUUCAUGCUGCCAACAAGCUCCAGUUCAACAAGAUUGCGGAUGCCAAACACAACAAACCCCAUCUUGCGAUUGCCAACAAGCUCAACAAACUACCUCAUCUUGCUGUCAACAAGCUCCAGUUCAACAAGACUGCGGAUGCCAAACCCAACAAACCCCAUCUUGCGAUUGUCAGCAAACCCAAACUCAACAAGACUGUGGAUGCCAACAAGUUCAACAACAACAACCAGCUUGUGAUUGCCAACAAAACCCAACCUGUGUGACCUGCAUCCAAAUCGAAAUCACCCAAGUCCAACAGCAACAACCUCAACAAGACUGUGGAUGCCAAACACAACAAGCCCCAGUUCAACAAGAUUGCGGAUGCCAACAAACUCAAGCUACCCCAUCUUGCGAUUGUCAACAAACCCAAACUCAACAAGAUUGCGGGUGCCAACAAACUCAAGCUACCACAUCUUGCUGUCAACAAGCUCCAGUUCAACAAGACUGUGGAUGUCAGCAACAACAGCAAUCAUCCUGCGGGUGCCAACAAACUCAAACCAUCCAAUAUCAACCAACAUAUGCUGUUUCCACCCAAGCUCCAUCAAUGAACCAAUGUGCCCCAGCCUGCCAACCAGCCUGCCAAUCAUCGUGCACUGCCUCAUACACCAAUCAACAAACUCAAUACUCGUAAGUUUUACAGGAAAUAUAUAUGUUCAAAACUUAUCUCAAAACUUUUCAGCCAAGCGACCACCUCAUGUGAUGCUCAACAAUGCGUUUGCCAACGUGGAUACGUGAAAUGUGCCGAGCAAACUUGUUGUUUGAGAUACCGAUACACUCAACGUAAAGCGAAACGAUCGAUCGCUUAA